AUGCAAUUUUUUAUCAAUUUAUAUAUAAAAUAUUUACAUUUUAUUUUUUAGAGUAGGCAUAACAAGUUCUUGGUUGAGAAGUAUUUAGAUAAACGAAUUUAUCGAUUAUUAGUAUUAAGUGAAAAUGCUGGAGAUUUAGAAUUAAAGAUACCACGUAAUAAAAAAAAAGGAACAAUAGAUAAUGAAAAAUGGGACAAGGAAAAAAAGGAAAAAUUAUAUAGAAGCUUAUUAUAUAAGGAAAAAUUAAUAAAGAGUCUUAUGAAAAAUAAAUGUUCCAUGUUAAAUAAAUCAUAUAACUAUUAUGAAAAAAAAAUAAUGAAUGAAGUAAAUGAUAGAACUUUUUUUAUAUAAAUGAUGUAAAUUAAUAAUAAGUAUUAUAAAAAAUUAAAACGUAAAAAAUACAGAUUACGACUUUGCUUACUUUCAAUAUUGUUCAUAGUAGUAUUAAUUUUAUCUAAAGUAGAUUUAUCAUUAGGGGAAUUUAAAAGGACUGGUAAUUUUUUAAAUGAAUUAUGAGUUUUAUUAGGAUAUAAUAAUGGAAUACCAUCCGAAACUAGUACAUCUUCUCCGGAAGGUUUGCAUGCUUUUUUUUCAUCUACAUGUCAAUUGAAGAAUUUUAUAGGAAUCAAGGUGUUUGGUAUGAUAAUGUAUUGUUAACCUAUCUUAAUAUUGGGUAUUACACUAAUUCAAAUAAUUUUUUUCUAUUAUAAAAAUGUUAUAAAACGUAAAAAAAUUAGAUUCUUAGAAGAGUACCAUGAGUGG